GAGAGAGAGAGAGAGAGAGAGAGAGGGAGAGAGAGGGAGAGAGUUGGACCCCUGCGCUCUGCUCCAUCGAUCUGCGGAGGCGCACAGAGGAGCUUCUACCGGACGUUGGACACAAUUUCUGCGCUUUCGGUUUUUCUUAGGGGGAAUGCCAAAAGUGGAUUCACUGUUUGGAACAUGCUACUGGGCAAUUUGGUAGUGGUUGUGUUCUGUCUGUGGGGUACUGAUGUCAGCAGAGCUUAUGUUUUUCAAGCCAGUAGACCUUCAGAUGGAGGAGACAACCCACCACCUCACACUAAAGUCGUCUCAGAGUGGAUCAGCUCAGCGGGCUCCUGCAAGGGGAGGUGUUUUGAGCUGGAGGAGGCCAAACCUCCAGGGUGCAGGUGUGACAAUCUGUGUAAAACCUACUACAGCUGCUGCACUGACUUCGAUGAGCACUGCCUGAAAACAGCGGGAGGUUUUGAGUGCACUCAGGCUCGCUGCGGGGAGGAGAGGAAUGACGACCACGCCUGCCACUGCUCAGAGGACUGUCUGGAGAAGGGAGACUGCUGCUCCAACUAUAAGUCACUCUGCAAAGGUGAGACUUCAUGGGUGCAAGGAGACUGUGAGGACAUCAAGAGUGCGGAAUGCCCUGCAGGCUUCAUCCGUCCUCCCCUCAUCAUGCUGUCUGUCGAUGGGUUCAGAGCCUCCUACCUGAAGAAGGGCAAAUCUGUCAUUCCCAACAUUCAUAAACUCCGCGCAUGUGGUACUUCAGCACCCUACAUGCGACCAGUCUACCCAUCAAAGACCUUCCCAAAUUUAUACACACUAGCCACAGGUCUCUACCCAGAGUCCCAUGGGAUUGUGGGGAACACCAUGCAUGACCCGGUGUUUAAUGCCACCUUCAGCCUGCGCACCAGAGAGAAACUGAACCACCGCUGGUGGGGCGGACAGCCUAUCUGGAUCACAGCGGAGGAACAAGGAGUGAAAGCAGGCACUUUCUUCUGGCCUUGGGUGAUUCCUCUGGAGAGGAGGAUUUUGACCAUCCUGCGCUGGCUGCAUCUGCCCGAUGAUGAGAGGCCGUACGUUUACGCUGUCCACUCAGAGCAGCCCGAUACCUUCGGACAUCGGCUGGGACCGCUCAGCAGUGAGCUGGACAACCCUCUGAGGGAGAUCGACAACAUCAUCGGUCAGCUGAUGAACGGUCUGAAGCAGAUGAACCUGCAUCGUUGCAUCAACGUUAUUGUCGUAGGAGACCAUGGUAUGGAGGAGACCCACUGCGAUCGGACAGAAUUUCUCAGCAGCUACCCGCUCAACAUAGACGAGAUCAUGCUGAUCCCUGGCUCACUGGGCAGAAUACGACCCCGCGACCCCAAAUCCACCACAUAUGACCCCAAAGUUGUGGUUGCAAACCUCACUUGUAAAAUGCCGACUCAGCAUUUCAAGCCGUACCUGAAGCAGCAUUUACCCAAGAGGCUUCACUACGCCAACAACCGCAGGAUCGAGGACGUCCACCUGCUGAUGGAGAGGAAGUGGCACAUUGCCAGGAAAAUGCCAGAAAAACUGAGGACUCGGUGUGGUUUCUUUGGUGACCACGGCUUUGAUAACAAGAUAACCAGCAUGAGGACCAUAUUCAUGGGUCAUGGGCCGAGCUUCAAGUUCCAGAAAAGAGUGCCAGAGUUUGAAAAUAUAGAAUUAUAUAACGUCAUGUGUGACUUGUUGGGGUUGAAGCCGGCCCCUAACAACGGCACGCACGGCAGCUUGAACGAUAUGCUGAAAGAGCCGCUGUACCACCCCAGCAUGCCAGAGGAAGUGACGCCACCAUCGCCGACGUCCGACCCUGAUGCCACUGUGACCCACGACCUGGGCUGCAGCUGUGACGAUGAGAACAAAGUGGAGGAGAUCCUUAAAGCCUUCAGUCCUCCACCAGAUGGAAUCUACAGUUACAACAGUACACACCUCCCGUUUGGUCGUCCAGCCGUGAUGUUUGACACUCAGUACAGUUUGCUUCAUCAUGUGGAGUUCAUCAGCGGGUACAGCAGAGAGCUGGCCAUGCCUCUGUGGACAGCAUACACACUGCUACGACAGGAGGACAUGACUCCUGUUCCGGAGGUUUCCCCCGGCAUUCAGUGUGUCCGAGUCGACUCCAGAGUGCCAGCUGAUCACAGUCAGAGCUGCACCACCUACAGCCAGAACAACCAGCUCACCUAUGGCUUCCUCUUCCCCCCAGAGCUGGCGUCGUCUCCAGAGUCCAGAUUUGACGCUUUGCUCAUCACCAACACCGUCCCCAUGUACCCGGCCUUCAAGAGAAUAUGGAGUUACCUGCAGGGGACGCUGCUGAGGCGUUACGCAGAGGAAAACAAUGGCAUCAACGUCCUCACUGGACCCAUCUUUGACUACAACUACGACGGCCUCAGAGACACCACAGAGAAGAUAAAAGAGUUCUCAGCUGAUGGACCCCCCGUCCCCACCCACUUUUACACGGUGGUGACAAGCUGCCAGGAGCUGAACCAGACUGUGGAGGAGUGUGAGGGGGCACUCAAGGUCUUUUCCCUCUUGCUCCCACACAGACCCGACAACAGUGAGGCCUGCAAUAAUGCAGAGGAUGAAUCGCAGUGGGUUGAAGACCUGCUGAUGCUCCAUACGGCCCGAGUCAAAGACGUGGAGAUCCUGACGGGCCUAGAUCUCUACCGGUCUACCAACCUCACCUACACCAGCACCCUGAUCCUCAAAACCUACCUGCACACCUUCGAGAGUGACGACUAGAAGCACAGAGAGACAGACAAACACAUACAGGAUGUAGCCCUUUGUAGAAGUUAUGCAUUUUCACUGCAUGCUUGCUGGAUACCCGGCGCAUCGUUGUUCCACUCCUCAGGAACUGCCCGAGAAGUGCUUGGAAAAGGGAACACACUUUUGAAAAUUGAAAAGAUUAAAAGAAUGGUUUGGCAAGAAGUAGUUUGGAAGAUUACAACAGGAAUAUUCAAUUCUAUCCAACAAAUCUGGGAAAGAAUAAGCAAAGCAAUGAUGCAGAAUGUGUGACAUUUUUCAUAAAUACAGUUUAUACAGUACAUCGUCAUGCACACUUAAAGGACCAAAUUGUUGUUUUAGCCCCUUAACUGUUAACAAUGUAUACUUUUUAUUCUUACUGACCAUCCCUUGCAUGCUGUAGAAUUUAAUUUUUUGAAUGUGUCUCUUCUUACUCAUAAAAAUCACUAAUCACAGUCUCUGUUAUUUUUUUUGUCAAAUAUCAUUGUGAGGUAACAGAGUGAGGCCUUCUCAUAGCAAACUGCACUCAGACUAACUUGCACUCAAUUUUCAUGCUUUAUAGAAAAACAUUGACGCUAAUGGCUGCCAGAUUAGUUGGAAAAAUACAUAAAGAAAUCUACAGCAUGGUUUGCAAAAUAGUCAGCAGUAAUAUGAAGUAUUUGCAGUUGAUGGGCUAAAACAUGCAACAUUGCUGGUAUGCUUCUGUACAGGAAUAGUUUGACAUUUUGGGAAAUAUACCUUUUCUUUUUCUUGUUUAGAAUUAGAUGAGAAGAUUGAUGCCAUUGUCAUGCCAGCAGCUGGGUAGCUUAGCUUAGCAUAAAGACUAGCCUGGCUCUGUCUAAAGGUAACAAAAACUGCCUACCAGCACCAACAUGUUAUAUCUUGUUUGUUUACUCCAAAUAAACGUAUUUCCCAAAAUGUUAAGCUAGUCCUUUAAAAAAACAUGCAAUAGACAUUUAAACAUGUAGCGGAUAUAUAAACUUCAUGUGUACACCAGGGUCAGAAGUAUGUGUCAUUAAACACAAGAAAAAUCAUUUAAGCCCUUUCAUGUAGUUUACAACUUUUAUGACAACUAACAAUGGUUUCCAGAUAAAUAUUUGAGUAUUGCUCUUUGUGGGUUACCACGGGUGCUUAUUGUAUGACUGAAAAGGAAAAAUAGUAUUGUUGAUGUAAAAAUAAUUAUGUGGUUUGACUCUGUGGCUUGAAAUUGGACGGAAGACCAACAUGAUGCAGUCAGAUAGAAAUGCUGACCAAUACAAGCCUAUGCGUCAAUAGCAAAUAAUAUAGAACGAUGCCAGAGUUCACGGCUGAGAUGGCUCUUUCCCAUUUCUUAUGGCCUACUGAGUUUCCAUUGGUGUGUAAGACAAAUCUUAAUAGUACAAAUGGAAGGUUUCUUUGCCAACAUACAAGUUUAAGGAAAUUUUGGACAGAAGUAACAACAACAAAUCCGUACACAUAAAACACAAACACAGACAAUUACCAACUGCAACAAUAUUCUCACUGUUUUCACACCCUCCUGCCUCAUAUCUCUCUUUCCCUCCCUCUGUGUUAGCUGAUCAUUUAGGUGUAUAUUUUUAUACAAUUUAUGAUAUUUAUUACGCAGAAUCUAAUUAUAACCGUACCUAAUAUUUCAGUAUUAAUCCAGUGUAAAAGAUCUGUCCCCGUUUACUUUAAUAAGAUAGAAAUAGACAUCUAAUGUAGUGCUUAAUUUAAAGAAGGUGACAACACUGAUGCUGCCUUAAAGGAAAAUUAUUAUUUUUUUAUUUAAAAAGACACGUUUUAUUUUCAUACUUUUGGUAUACAUUUUACUCAUCAGCGUUGUUGGGGAAAGGUAGCCACGCCACAAUGAAGAGGCUUAGAUCAGUCCCUGAGGCAGGUUUGAAACAUGUCCAGUUUUAAUGUUUUGCGCCACCCUAACCACUCACAGGAUUUGGAGGUGAAAUUGAUGGUUAACAUUCCUAAAAGGUACAAAAUAAUUCUGCUUUUUUAUAUCUGCGUACUUGCCCAACUGUUGUUAAUUCUGGUAGGUUUAGAGAUAACAUAUUAAGUAUACAUAUGGAGGAAUAUGAUGGAAAUUAUAAUGAGCAUUCAUAUUUACAUUGGUAAACAUUCACCGUCAUGGUAAUCCAGCUGUGUCCUGCAGAACUGUUGGGUCCCAAAGUAUCUGCAAAAUUACUGAAGACAGCCAAAACUACAAUUUUAAGAAUUAGGUUGUAAAAUGAUUUUCCUUUCAUUCACUAUCAAUAGCUCAACAACACUGGUCUCAUUUUUUGUUUGUUACCACAGUCACCUUGUCUCCUGAUUUGACUUCCUGCAGUCACACUUUCAACUCUGCAGAGAUAAAAGUAGUCAGAACCGGUAUUUUUUCAUAACGUUACACUGAUGAGUUAACAUAGCUAGCUAUCUAGGUAAUCAAUAGAAAAUAAUCAAUAAAAAGCCAAUAAAAUGACUGAAGAGCUUGCAAAACUGUAGAUGAAACCAUGUAUAUUCCUGUAGUCUUUCAAAUAAAAGCUGUAGAGACUUUGAA